AUGUUCUUCGGAUCAAAAUACGUUUACAAAUACGAACAUUCAUCUGAUGAAUCAAUAUCUGAUGAUGAUGAAAUUGAAAUAGCUCCUGUUAAGAGCAAUAUUAAUGAACUAAGAAGUUCAGAUCGGAAAGAGAUCAAUGAACGAGAAUCACCAGCUGCUCCUCCUAUUCCUGCAGCGGCUGCUGCUUCUACUACUUAUGGGUCUUCUACUAAUGCUCAACGGAAGAAGCGUUUACGAAAAGCUGAUACAAAUGUAGUUAGCGUCAAAUUCGAUCGAUUACUUCAACCCGGCGAAAUGCAUGCUGGUGAUCCCGUAUAUUGUGCUGAUUGUGGUGCUAUUGCUUCGCACUUAAGUAAAAUUCAACAUGUAGAAAAUGAAGAAUCAAAAUGGCAAUGUGAAUUUUGUCCGAAGUCAAAUAUAGUCGAUAUUGAACAAACUGAUUUACCUAAAAAAGAGGAUUCAACAUAUUUAAUUUCGCCAGCGCCUGUUGUCCAUGGUUCAGAUAUGACUGGUGUCGAUGACUCAAUUGUUAUGUUCUUAAUUGAUAUUAGUGGCUCAAUGUCAUCGACCACAUUAGUGCAAGGCAGACUUGAUUUGCCUAAUGUACGUCAACAACAACAACGUGCCGCAGCAAAUUUUGAUGGUGCACGUAUGAUGCGAGAGCGUCAUCAAACCUAUGUAUCACGUUUGCAAGGAGUGCAAAUGGCUGUUGAUGCUAAUUUAGAUAAACUUGUUAAAGAUACACCAACGAGACGUGCUGCUUUAUUAACAUUCAAUCAUGAAAUUACUUAUUAUGGUGAUGGUACACGAACUGAACCGUUAGUUAUACGUGGUGAUAAAUUAAAUAGUGCUGAUGACUUACUGCGUGAAGCUGGACGUGAAUUAGAUAAGGAAUUAAAGCCUGUUUCUGAAACAAAAGCAAAACUAACUGAACGAAUUUAUGAUCUCGAAGAGGGUGGCCAAACAGCACUUGGUCCUUCUGUGAUGUUUGCACUUAAUAUUGCAUCACAACGACAAGGAUCAAAACUUGUUAUUUGCACUGAUGGCUUAGCAAAUCGAGGUUUGGGAAGUUUGGAAACGGCACAAGAUGAGAAAGCUGAAGAAGCUGCUAAAAUGGAAGCUCUUACUGAAGGAAAUCGAUUCUAUGCUGGAUUAACCGAACGUGCAAGAGAAAAAGGUGUUAGCAUUUCGGUCAUUACUAUUUCAGGUACUGCUUGUUUACUUCCUGUCAUUGGACAAAUGGCUGAUGGUACUAGUGGCAGUGUGACAAUUGUUGAUUUAUUAAAUAUUCGUGAUGAAUUUGCAUCAAUACUUGAACAAAAAGUAAUAGCAUCGAAUGUUGAAGCAACAUUAAUUGUUCAUCGGGGUUUAUACAUACGUGAUCCUGAGAAUCCCGAUGGCAAACUUGAAAAAAUAAAACGCAAUGUGGGCAAUGUAACAAAACAAACUGAAGUAUCAUUUGAAUUUGGUAUUCGAAAGAAGGAAGAACUGAAAGAGAAAUAUAACAUUGAUAUUGAUCAGUUAAAAGAAUUACCAUUUCAAGUACAAGUUAUUUACACGGCUGCUGACGGCAGCAAAGCAUUGCGUGUAUUAACACAAGUCAAAGAAGCAACAGAGAGACGAGAAAUAGCUGAAGUACAUGCUUAUCGUGGUGUUAUUGCUGAAAAUCACAUCCGAAGUACAGCUACAUAUAUGAUGCAAGGAGAUGAUGACGAGGACGAAGACGAUGCAGAACGUAUAAGUUCCAAAUGGUCAAAACCUAUAAUGCAAAAACAACGUAUGGCUUAUAUGGAAAAUUUGAAACAUAGAAAACGCGUCGAGCGAGUUGAUGAUGCUGAUGGAUUUAAUGAAAGACGUUGGAAGAAAACAAGUGAUCAAUUAAAUUCUUAUGUCGUUGCAUCGAAAGCAAAAAGAACUCCUAUAUCCAAAGCAUCACCACAAUCAGGUGAAAAUCCGUCUCUAUUAGGUCGAAUAUCACGUCUCAUCACUGGUGGAGCUACUGGAGCAUCAUCAACUAGUGGGGCUGCCGCUACUGCAGCACCAGAAGGUGCUUCAAACCGAAGUUACGGUUUCGCAACAAAAAAACUUGCUCUUUAUACUGAUAAAAAUUCCGAAGAUCUUUAUAAGUUCAAGAAUUUAUCAUCAGAUUAUAUGUGUUCAGAAACUACAAGACGCGAAGAAGAAGAAGAUGAUGAAGAAGAUGCUGAAAGAAACACUCGUUCAUCUCGAGUUGAUAAAAAAAAAGAUGAUAAAGAGAAAUCAGAAUCACCUUAA